AUGCAGUUCCUCGCCGUCGCCGCUCUCCUCUUCACCACCGCCCUCGCGGCCCCAUCCUCCGACCCCAGCGGAAUCGUCCGUCGUGCCAACGUCUGGUGCCCCAGGGGCCUCUAUGCGAACCCCCAGUGCUGUGACGUCGACGUCCUCGGCGUUGCCGACCUCGGCUGCGUUGUUCCCCCCUCCAAGCCCUCUAGUUGCAAGUCCUUCGGCAGCGUCUGCGCCUCCAUCGGCCGCCAACCCAAGUGUUGCGUCGCCCCCAUCGCCGGCCAAGCUCUUCUCUGCACCGACGCCGCCCCUCCCGCUUUUUAA